AUGGAAGUGACCCAAGAAGACUUGAUUCAGCGAGAACCAACGCAGAGCUAUAUCAGCAUUGAUGACUCGAGUGAAACGGGAUAUACAAAGAACGAUGGCGAUAUUUCCAGGAGUCUGCACCCCCAAGUUGAGGCCAAGGACCACCUAGUUGAGACGAAGAAUCGUCAUGUCCACAGACUGACCAUGGCCGAGAAUCUGCAACAGGAGAAUGCAGGAGAGAAACAUUGUGUUUGGGGACAGCGAAGUUCCCACAAAGGCUGGCUGCAGGGCAAAGAAAUUCACCAAGAAAACCGGGAGACGGAUUCUAGCAGGACGGCUUCUGCAGCGGAACCUGAGACGUCAAAGUGCGAAGAGGGAGCUCGUAGGCAAGAAAUCAAAUGCCCCUUGUGCAGGCGGUCCUUUCUGCCCCUUUAG